GUUUUAAUCAUGGCUGCGCAAAUUGUCUACAACGUCCUACGACUGCAUAUAUCUCCGGAGAAAUUUCACAUCGAGCCUCGAGAUUCGAAGCACACGGGAGAAAAAGUCUUGGAGAUAGAUCGCGUCAGUCAAGAGCUGGUUCUGGCAGAUAACAAUGGACAAAUUCCUCCUAUGUCAGAGGCAAAAGAUAUUUUUGGAAUCUUAGGAGUUAUCAACUUGAUUGCAGGUCCAUACUUGGUUGUCAUAACGAAAAGAAAGUUUGUUGGUCGAAUCAAUAAUCAUGAAAUUUGGAAAAUCCAAGCAACAGAAACUUUACCGUUUCCCAAGACACUGAUGCAUUUGAGUGAGACACAGGAAAGAGAUAACAAAACAUACUUAAGCAUGAUUGAACAAGUCUUGCUGACAGAUGGUUUUUAUUAUUCCACAUCGUAUGAUCUGACUCAUACAUUACAAAGAUUAUCAAAGACAAGUCCAGACUUCUUACAAAUGCCUCUUCAUGAGCGGGCAGAUCAACGAUUUCUGUGGAAUAACCAUUUCUUAAGGAUGUUUUCAGUGCAGCCAGAGCUUAGCAAGUUUAUCCUUCCAGUUAUUCAUGGGUUUAUUGAAAUUCAAAAAUGUUCCAUCAAGAAUAAGUCAUUUGAAUUCAUUUUAAUAUCAAGACGAAGCUGUUUUAGAGCAGGUGUCCGUUAUUAUUUACGAGGGUUGGACGUAGAGGGUCAUCCUGCAAACUAUGUUGAGACAGAACAGAUCAUACAAUACGAUGGGGAAUGUACAUCUUUUGUUCAGAUUCGAGGCUCUAUUCCACUCUACUGGUCACAGAGGCCAACACUACAGUACAAACCAAGACCACAGUUGCAUCAAGCUAAUCAUAAUACAGGCUUCCAACAGCAUAUGGAGAAUUUAAUGUUCCAUUACAAUGAAAUUGUUCUCGUUGAUUUGAUUGACCACAAAGGCCCUGAAAAAGAGAUUGGUGAUCAUCUUACAACCGUUGUUCGGGGCUCUCCUUACUCUGGAAAACAACUGAGACUGGAAAGAUUUGAUUUUCACAAAGAAUGCAGCAAGUUGCGGUGGCAUCGAUUGUCAAUUCUUAUGGACAGAUUGAGAGAAGAUCAAGAUAAAUUUGGAUUCUUCAAAAUGGCAAGAGAUAAGUCACAGCUAUCGGAACAGACGGGUGUGUUUAGGACAAACUGUAUGGAUUGUCUUGACAGAACCAAUGUGGUGCAGAGUAUGUUGGCAAGAGAGAGUCUUCAACACCAAUUUGAGGGUUUUGGCAUUUUGGUUAAAGGCGAGAAAGUUCAGGACUGCUCAAGCUUCGAGUACACUUACAAGAACGCUUGGGCAGACAAUGCUGAUGCCUGCUCCAAUCAAUACGCAGGCACAGGAGCAUUGAAGACAGACUACACAAGGACUGGUAAACGGACAAGAUGGGGCCUCUUACAAGAUGGUUAUAACUCAAUGAUUCGUUAUUAUAAAAACAAUUUUUCUGAUGGCUUUAGACAGGAUUCUAUUGAUUUAUUUCUUGGAAACUACAUUGUUGAACCUUCAGAAGGAAUUUCUAAACCUUCACCACUUCAAAAAGCAAAGGAUUGGAAAUACAUGUUGCUUCCAUUCAUUCUUCUAAUUGGCUUCUCAAUGUUCAUCAUGAGUGCAAUGAUUUCAGCCACGGAUCCUGGAUUUCAAUUCCUCUAUGUCUUAUUCUGGGGAUCAGCAGUCGUGUUUACACUUUCUGUUGUAUUUUAUUAUGGACAAGAGUUUGUUGAUGAACCAAGGUUAGUUCACAAGAGAUUGAAAGACAAGAAUGUGUGACUACAAGAUAGCAUUAUUGUGUAGCUUAGGUAAGGUAAUUUUAUUGUCAGUUUAAAUCAUGUUCAAAUAUACUAUCCCCUUAUACUAUGAUAAUCAAUAAACAGUGCAUACGUAAUCAGUGGCCAGUUGUAUCAAGCCCAUUUAGCUUUAUUAAACGGUGGAUAAGUUCAAAAUAGAAAGCAACUCUAUCGUUUUAUUCAACAAGCGAAAUAAAUGUUUUUGACCAUAAUACAACGAUCAUGUUUUCAACUACAUAUUUAGUGCAUAAUAUUCUAGGUGACUCAUUCAAGAGAAUUGUAAGAGUAUUGUUUAUUUUGACUUAUCCACCGUUUAAGCUAAACAAGCUUCAUACAACUGGCCCUAGGAAAAGACUACUUGCAAUAUUUCUCAAAUUGAUCAAUUUUCUUAUACAGUAACCUUUGCUGUUUUAAAACCUUGUACAGUAACACUAAACCUGCCAGAAACAAAAUGAAAAAAUUGUAUUAUUUGCUUGCUCUUUUCAAAAGAUUAGAAGUUAGCCACACUUUAAAAAACAGGUUCAAGGGUUAUAGGAAUACAUCUCUAGAAUAUAUAGUUUCCUUUACCUUUCUAAUUAGGAUGCCUUAGAAUUUUAUUGAAAUUUAAAUCCAAUCGGUAUAUACUCAUUAUGGUAGAAGAUAAAUAUUACUAAAUUAUGAAUGUUAUUUAAUAUGAAAUAGCUUUGAACUUUGUAAUGGUCAUUAUAUACAUCGUCACCAAAAUCUUUUGUGAUGAUAUUGUAUGUUUUAUCAUUCAAACUCAAUGUUAUAUCAUCCUGGAACAAGGUGCAUCUAUUCUGGCUGAACAUUUUCAAUUUUUCCUGAUCCUUUGCAAUUUUCGCUACUCUGGUUUAUAAUUAAUGAAAGUAAUCUCCACCAAAGAUUACAUUCCCGACCCAACCUUUUCGACACUUCGGUCUAGUGUCUUGAACAGGGGUGAUUUGAUGUUGAGACUCAGAUCAUUAUUUGGAGUGUUGAAAUGUUCAGUCAGGGGCAUAACUAGAACGAUAAUUGGGGGGGGGGGUGAAUAUUCAUAUAUC